AUGAUUUGGAUUCGUUUCAAGACAACAAUUGGGACCUCCGAUCCCCGAUUUCGGUUGCUUCGUCGACGACGUUUCUCCCAGCCCCGAUCUUUUAUGGGAUCAUCAUUCCGUUUCCUUGAGGUAAAUCGAUUCCCCAAACAAAGAUUUUACAAAAUGGUCUCAGUAAUUUGGAGCUAAUUGUCUUCUUACUUUAUAUCUUUCAUAUUUUCUUGUGUGCUGAUUGAGCUUGUUACGAAGGAAAUCUGUUUGCUGGACAAGAUAGUUCAGGGUCUUUCUUUGUUUCUGGAGAUUUUAUGUCGAAACUGGGAAAAUGAUCGUAUCUUCAGCAGAAGUGGAUACAUCACAUCAUGGUGCUACAUCUCAAGGAAAUGAAUAUUUGCAAUCAGAACACCAGAGAAAGAGGGGACGCUUGGAUUCAUGCAGUAAAUCGGGAAGCAAAGCUUGCCGUGAGAAAGUUAGAAGACAAAAUUUGAAUGAUAGAUUUGCAGAGCUUUGCUCUGUUCUCGAACCAGAAAGACCUGUAAAAACAGACAAAGUGGCAAUACUUGGGGAUGCCGUUAAAGUUAUAAGGCAGUUAAAGACUGAUUCUCAAGAGUAUUCAGAAGUGAACGAGAAGCUUUUGGAAGAGAUUAAAACUUUAAAGGCUGAGAAGGAUGAGCUGCGGAAAGAGAAAAUGAUACUUAAGGCAGAUAAAGAGAGAUUAGAGCAGCAGUUGAAAGCAAUGACUGCACCGCCUGCUGGUUUUGUGCCACCUCAUCGUGCUGUAUAUCAUCCCAGACCUGAUAAUGUCACAGUUUUCCCCAGUUAUGGUUACCUUCCAAUGUGGCAUUAUGCAACACCACCUGCCCGUGAUUCAUCUCAAGAUCAUAAGCUCUGGUCACCUGCUGCUUGAUUCUUUCAUAGAUUAUUAUAUGUUCUAUUAGCCUUUAAUGUUCUUGUAAAUAUUGGUAUUGCUUCCAAUUUACAAGCUGGCCUUGUCUCUAACUCCAUUCUUCUCAUUGAAGUUUGUAUAUACUAUAUUUCGUGUUCUAGAUGGAGGUUACUUUAAUUUACAAUAUUUUGCUUUUCAUCAAGUCAUCAACUUCUUCAAUCAACU